AUGACUUUUCUUAAAUACAAACCAGCCCAGCCUUUGGCUUUAAGGCAACUGAAUAAUAAAUUUCUGGUGAAUCAUAAUUAUGCCUCCAGAACUAAAACCAAAUUCACUAGACAAUUUAAGGAUUCAGCUAAACAACUGGCUUGGGGGUUUGGCCAGAAAUCUACCAUACAUGGAGUAAAUCGGAUAUUUCAGGAGAAUUCAAAUAAAUAUGAAAGAUUAUUUUGGCUGCUGACACUUGCCUCUGCCCUUUUGGGUUCCAUUUAUGUUAGUCUGAUUCUUUCCCAGCGUUUUAAUGCUGGUAGUUUUGAAACUGUAGUGGACAGCACCAAUAGUCCUGUAUUCCGUAUACCCUUUCCCGAAAUAACCAUCUGCAAUGCAAAUCAUUUGAACUGGCAGCGCUUAGAAGAGGCCAAACAUCGUUUUAUGCCCCACGAAAAUAACACCGAAAAACUACAAAUGUUUGAAUUUGUUAUUGGCCUUUAUGAUAAUCUAACUUUUGGAGAAUUUACUGAAUUUUCGACCCUAAAAGAUAAACCCAUCCAGCUGGUAGACCAUGUAAAUUUUAGUUUAGUAUUUGAUUUCAUGACCUGGCGCUGUGAAGAGUUGCUGACGGAUUGUGUGUGGCGUCAUUUUAAAAUAAAUUGCUGCGAUAUCUUUUUGAAAAGUAGAGGACAAAAUGGUAUAUGCUGGCACUUUAAUACUCUGUCCACGGAGGAGGGCAGAAGAAAACAGUUAUUCGACAAUAAAUAUCCCUGGAGGACUGGCAGUGCUGGACCGAGAAGUGCUUUGACGGUGCGGGUUUUGUUGAAUGAAGAGAAACACUAUCGCCAGGAUAAUGAGAAGGGUAUAACGGUGGGUGUUAUGGAACCAGAAGUAUUCCAUAGAGACCCAUAUUGGGUGCCUGCUAAUACCGAGACAGUGGUAGAGGUGGAACCAGUUGUUUAUUUCUAUGACAAUGAUACAAGAAGUUUGUCGUCGGCACAACGACAAUGCUUUUUUAAAGAUGAACAGAACAGCAACGAUUUCAAAACUUUGUAUGGUUUUACUUAUAUGAUUGAGAACUGCCAGACACAAUGUCACCAGGAAUAUUUGCUUAAGUACUGUAACUGUACCUUGGAUCUAUUAUUUCCAACAGAUGAAUACGCUGCCUGCAAGGUUAAAGAUUUAUUAUGUUUGGCUGAGAAUAAUGAUUAUUUCCGUUUUACUCAUCAAUUUGGCGAAGAAGAGUACGUGCGCAGUGAUUACCAUGGCAUGAUUUGUAAAUGUUUUCGCAAUUGUUAUUCACUCAAUUAUGUAACGGAUGUAAGACCAUCAUUUUUGCCAGCGUAUCUACGUGACAAUAAAACAUACAUUGAUUUAGAUGUGCAUUUCCGUUUCGAAACAAUGAUGGUGUACCGCACAAGUUUGGUAUUUAGUUGGGUGGAUUUAAUGGUGGCUUUUGGCGGCAUAGCUGGUUUAUUUUUGGGCUGUUCUCUUAUCAGUGUCAUGGAAUUGCUGUAUUUUGUUUUGGUGGAAUUGCCUGUGUUCCUGUUUAGGGAAUUGAAAACGAAAAAUAAGCCCAUGAAUGCUAAUAAUCAGCUUAAUAAUGAACGUCAGUUGAGUGAAAUUCCCUAUAAGAGCCGUAAUUGGGGUGUGAAUAAUCGCAUAAUGGCUGUUGAGAGUUUGCAUAAUAAUGAUUUUUCUAUUUAUAAAAAUAAUUUCAAUAACAAGACAACGGCAGCCCUAUUGUACAAAUAA